GCGCGUAUAAAGGAGAACCGGUCACCGGAGCCCCUUCAGUCGCUCGCGUUAUCGCUGGGGGAGUCCGUCUGAGGAGUUGUCGGCCGCUGCAGCCAUGGUGUCCGCGCUAAGCCUUGUUACCGCUACUGUGUGCAUCUGCGUCGUCCUGUGCGACGAUGGCCACGGCAUCUACAAGAAGUUCCCGCCGGCAUCCUUUACUAUCGGCUUCGGUCAUGACCAUGGUUUGAAGAUCGCGCAUGGCGGCCUCAAGGUCGGCGUGGGAUUCGGGGGCGGCGGCGGUGGCGGCGGCAUCGGCCUGGGUCUCCUGCACCGCGUGGGCGGCGGCGGCGGCUACGGUGGCGGCGGAUACGGCGGCGGCUACGGUGGUGGUCAUGGCGGUGGUCAUGGCAUUACCAUCGGCCUCCUUGGCCACGGCAUAAACUUCGGCCACGGUGGUGGCCACGGCGGAGGCUACGGUGGCGGCUAUGGCGGUUAUGGAGGAGGAUACGGGCAUGGCUGGUGGUAGAAGCACAAACCACUUUCAUCGAAUCAUCUGCGUUCCCGCUUCUGGAAGCUGGGAGACGACCAUCAUCUGUACAUUACUGCCAUCGUCACACAUCUGACACGGCGCCCGUCCAACACCACUCUGUCCCGGGUCCAACGGUGUUUCGGAGGCGCUGCCCAGGCGGCGAAUCUCGAGGGCGCGUGGGUUGCGUCCAGCGCGUCCAUGUUCUCACCUGUCAGUAGCUGAGCUCUGUUCGGGGCGAGCCGACAGAGACGCCCGCGGUGACCAGCUUACGUGCCCAUAGCACUGGCAUUGCUCAAACGACGGAGGCAUGCUCAAUGCCCUUGGGCGUCUGUUCUAAGGAGAGCUCGAACAUACGGCCAGUAUUUCUUUAGCUGCUACGCGGAAGCACCUCAUUGCGCAUGCCUUCACACAGGGUCGCGACAGAUCGUUCAGAGACUGUACAUAAAGACCGGUUAACGUGUUUGUUCUGCGAAAGGAGCCGAGCAACGUGUUGAAGAAGAGACAAGAGCGCUAAGAACGUGAAUUAAUCCGACGUCGGUGAAUGACCUCGUCGGUGUCCCGAUGCCACUCAAUGUGCGGCUGUAGAGCGCAGGCUGGAGGAAAUUCCCGUCAGUCAAUUCUUUCCUUUAAACUGCGCUCCACGGCUGUUUCCUGGGUCACCCGCUUACUGUCUUCAUUCAGAUUUUUCUUUUUCUGUCUGAUCACGUUGCCCAGCUCUUUUUAUAAAAUCGACUCAUUCCAUGCCAACCCACACUUGUUAAGCUCGAUUAUGUGCCGUGGUUCAACCAAAUUUCCUUGACUGCGAACGGUAGAGUAAUAAAUGUAUGCAGUCUGGGCGAAAAAAAAAAUACACAUACUGAAACCACUGCGCGGACACGCAAAUGAAAAGAGCCUAUGUUCACGCUAAGACAGAUACCUAUUCACUACGGUGUUUCCAAAAAGGUGCUAACUUUAUUUUGUUUAUGUUGUCUCUCACAUCUUUAUGUUGGGUAUGGCGCGGUCAAACAUGGGCUAAACCUUUUUUUUUAUCAUAUUCUGGCGUAAGGGUGUUAACUUAUUGAGCUGAGCUUUCAUUAAAGAACUCCACUGACCAUUGUACACACUUUUGUAAAGGUGCGCAUAGACAUGCAUGGGUAACGGUUGUUUAGCACACGUAAGUCGGAACAUUGCAACGCAGUUUAAUGCAUUCCAUGAACCGCGGCUAAGGUCUUGCGCGGUUUGUACCGUAACCUUCUACCAUCUGUAUUUUGUUGUUAUUGUCACUGCCAUUUUCUCUACUACAUCCAUAACGAAGGUGACGUGGAAUAGAAACGCGACUUUGACAGUCUCUUUUCUUUAUGUUUCGUGUAAUUAAACAUGCACGGCAAUUC